CGCGGCAAUCAGCGAGGCUCCGUGCUGCUCGUGAAAAGCAUGUUAAAGUGCUAGCGUGUUAAGGUGAUGUAGAAGCGUUGUUGCUACCGUGUAGUGUUCUGCAAUGCGAGACGAUUCAUGCCUGAUAGAACUGUAGAACUGCGCUAGUUCUGCAAAAAUAGACUCGCGCAGCCGACAUGUCGUCGAACCUUGUGUUGGGUAAUGUUGCGAGUGAUAACUCCCAAGAUGUGAGCGAAGCAUCGCAAGCACCAGAAUCUCCACCAACAGUUGGAAAUGUGAAGGGUGCUUUUUCAAAUUCUGACGGUGAAUCGGCACCUAGGUCUGCCCCGGCUGUGCCCCAUUCUAGCCUUAAGGUCAGCACUUACUUGCCUGAGCACUUGCAGAAGCGACGCAGCUCAUCCCGAUCCAUCAAGCGCAAGAAGUUCGACGAUGAGCUUGUCGAGAGCAGUCUGAUUAAAACACCUCGUACACGACCUUUGCCUGGCACUCCUUCAACAUCGCUGACUCAAAGUGUCGCCCCCGUUGGUGGCUCUGGUUCAGCGCCAGUGCUGGCCACUUACUCAGACAGCAGUCAGGUGGACUCAAUUGUCCCCCUUUAUUCAGAGCGAAAGAAGACAUCGAAGUCCACACCAAAACGAGUGAAAAAGUCUUCCAAGAACACUCAAGCAUUGGUUACAAAGGACCUUGGUCGAUGGAAACCUCUUGACGACUAUACACUUUGUUUGGCCAUACAGCAAACAACAGACUUGGAGACUGUGUUCCGUGGAGUAAAAUUUUCCUGCAAUUUUACCCUGCAAGAAAUCAAAGAAAGGUGGUAUGCACUACUGUAUGACCCAGUUAUAUCCAAAAUGGCUGUGACCUCGAUGAAACAGCUCCACCCAGAUGUAUUGGCUGGUGUACAAGCCAAGGCCCUUUAUAGUCAAGAAGAAGAGCGUAUCUUGUAUACCUUUCCAGCGACAGCACAGCCCACAAUUGAGAAUUUCCAAGAACUUCUCAUCAAACAUCCGGAUGUGUUUCUGCCCUCACGCACACCGAAGGAGUUGUCGUACCAUUGGACAUUAAUGAGGCAGUAUUUCCUCUUGCCUGAUCAAAUAAUUCCUGUGAAGGAAGAAGGGGACUUUUCGCUGAGCUUCUCUGAUUUAGACGAUGAUAUUGCAGAUGAGCAGCUUGUUGAUUGGGUGAAGGAUGAAGCCCUGGAGCAUGAACACCACCUGUUAGAGCGCAAUUCCUUGCAAGAGAUUCGCCAGCUGGAAAAUGAACUACCGAAAUGGCACGUGCUUGUGGACAGUGUCACUGGUGUAUCACCACCUGACUUCGACAAUCAGACUCUUGCUGUACUUCGCGGUCGCCUUGUAAGGUACCUUAUGCGAUCCAAAGAAAUAACAAUUGGGCGUAUGACAAAAGACAAUCCCAUCGACAUUGACCUGUCUUUGGAGGGUCCUUCAUGGAAAAUAUCACGUCGUCAGGGUGUGAUCAAGCUUCGCAACACUGGGGAAUUUAUCAUUGCCAAUGAAGGAAAGAGGCCAAUCUACAUUGAUGGCAAGCCAGUUCUAGCUGGGAACAAGCACAAGCUUAACAACAACGCUGUUGUGGAGAUGGCUAACUUGAAGUUUAUAUUUCUUGUCAACCAGGACCUGAUUAGUGUCAUUCGCUCUGAGGCACCUCAGUCAUCAUAAUGGCCCCAGGACAAAAGAAUUGGGCUUCUAUUUGCAUUUUAUAGGAUGAAUGUAGUACAUAGAAAAUUUGGCAUCACCCUUUCAUUGUAAGAAGUGCAUCAUUUACAUUGCUGUCUGCCUUUAAUAAAAAAGUUCUUUACA